AUGGAACUGCCUCGGGUCGUCCUUUGCUUACUGUUAUUUAUCAAUCAAGUUUCCACCAGCCUUCAGUCUAAAGAACAUGUGUUGCUAGAUAUGAAAGCUUCUGGUUCAGAGCUGGGAUGGCUGACGUCACCAUAUGAGAAUGGGUGGGAGAUUGUUCAGACUGUGGUGAACGGCUCGCUUUUUUACACCUACAGUGUUUGCAAUAUAGACUCUACUGACCAGGACAACUGGUUACGGACAACUUUCAUUCAGAGACGUCCAGAGAGCAGCCGUGUCUUUGUGGAGCUCAAAUUUGUCGUAAGGGACUGCAACACCUUCGACGGCUCCUCUGUCCCCUGCAAAGAGACGUUCAACCUCUACAUCUCUGAUACCGACGCCGACGUUGGGACUAGCUUCCGCAAAGGGCAGUUCCGCAAGGUGGCCACCAUCGCUCCCGACGAGGUCACAAGAGGUCGAGUGCCGAAGGUCAACACGGAGACGAGGACCGUGGGUCCCCUGUCCAAAAAGGGUUUCUAUUUGGCUUUCCAGGACGUGGGUGCCUGCGUGGCCCUGCUGUCCGUCAGAGUGUACUACAAGACUUGCCCGUCUACGGUGCAGAGCCUGGCAGCCUUCCCGGAGACGGUAGCAGAUGCUUUGAGGGAAGUGGAAGGAGUCUGCGUGAAGAAUGCCAUCAGUCAGGCCACCCCACGCAUUUACUGCACAGCUGAGGGUAAAUGGGUGGUUCCCGUGGGCCUGUGCCAGUGUCGCCCAGGAUACGAAGCCACAGAAAGCUCCUGCCAAGAAUGCAAACCGGGCUACUUUAAACCGUCUGUCUCCAGUGAGUUAUGUCAAGUUUGUCCAGAUAACACCAAGCCUUCUUCAGCUGGUGCGACUAAGUGUCUCUGUAAGGAAGGCUUCUUCAGAUCCCCUUCAGAUCCUCCGACAGCAGCUUGCUCUGCUCCUCCUAGCGCCCCACGCGACCUCUCUUCCACCACCCUCUCAGGAGAGGGUCGCCUGCUCCUGUCAUGGAGCCCACCUGUCGAGACCGGAGGGCGUAGCGACCUCACCUACAGCGUGGUGUGUGAGAUCUGCGACGAGUCCCAGUGUGCCCCCUGUGGUGAGAAGAUCCGUUUUGAGCCCGCUUCGACAGAACUUCAGGAGCCUGAAGUGGUCGUUAGUGACCUGGAUUCUCAUCACAACUACACGUUCACUGUGGAGGCUCACAGUGGAGUGUCCCAGCAUGGCACAGAGAGGGCCGCUGCAUCCAUCACCACUACUCUGGAUUAUACAAAUCCCCCCAAGGUGACGUCGAUCCAUCUGGAUGAUCGUGGUCCCACCAGUCUGUCUCUGUCCUGGACUCUGUCUCGCAGACCUCAAGCCCACAUUAGUCACCACUAUGAGCUUAUGUACCGCAAAAAAGAUAUUGAGGGAGAGAGUGAUGUAACCACCUACACUGUCCUAAUUCUGGACAAGAAUUCUGUCCAGAUUAAUGAUCUCAUCCCAGAUACUACCUACGUGUUCAGAGUUUUGGUCAAACUGAGUCCUGAAGCCAUGCCUGGCAGCUACAGCAAGGAGCAGGCAUUUCAUACAUCAUCUUUAGCUGAAUCUCAGAUACAGAACAGGCCCACCUUAGUGAUGGGAGCGGUGGUUGGAGUGGCUGUUAUUCUGCUUGUUGUUGUGGCCGUCCUGCUGCUCAGAAGGAGAGGACUGAGCUGUCGAGGCAGAGGAGGGCCUGAAGAUCCCUACUUUUCUACAGAUCAGCUUAAGCCUCUGAAGGCUUAUGUCGACCCGCAUACGUAUGAGGACCCUAACAUUGCCUUUCAAAAGUUUGUCAAAGAAAUCGACCCAAAUGUGAUCAGUAAACAGAAGGUCAUCGGUGUCGGUGAGUUUGGGGAAGUGUUUCGUGGCAUCAUGAAGGUUCCUGGGAAGGGAGAGGUGGCUGUAGCCAUCAAGACCCUAAAACCUGGCUACUCAGAGAAACAGAGGCAGGACUUCCUUAGCGAGGCCAGCAUCAUGGGCCAGUUCUCACAUCCAAAUAUCAUCCGGCUUGAAGGAGUCCUCACUAAAUUCAAGCAUGCCAUGAUAGUGACAGAAUACAUGGAGAAUGGAGCUCUGGACACAUAUCUGAAGGAUCACGAUGCAGAGAUUCCUUCAUACCAGCUUUUAGGAAUGCUUCGAGGAAUUGCUGCUGGCAUGAAAUACCUCUCAGAUAUGAACUAUGUCCAUCGAGAUCUGGCGGCGAGAAACGUCCUGGUCAACAGCAACCUGGAAUGCAAGGUGUCCGACUUCGGUCUUUCUCGCGUUCUGGAGGACGAUGCUGAGGGCACCUACACAACCAGAGGAGGUAAAAUCCCCAUCCGCUGGACUGCUCCAGAGGCCAUUGAAUACAGGAAGUUCACCUCGGCCAGCGACGUGUGGAGCUUUGGCAUAGUUAUGUGGGAAGUCAUGGCAUUCGGAGAACGGCCCUACUGGGACAUGAGCAACCAUGAGGUCAUGAAGGCUAUCAACGAGGCUUUCAGGCUUCCUGCGCCGAUGGAAUGCCCGUCUGCUAUCUACCAGCUCAUGCUUCAGUGCUGGCAGCACGACCGCUCCAAACGACCUCGCUUUUCAGACAUCGUCAACAUUUUGGACAAACUUCUGCAGAGUCCAGAGUCUUUGAAAACCAUUGCUGACUUUGACCCACGUGUGUCCAUCCGCCUGCCCAGCACUAGCGGCUGUGACAACACCAUGUUUAGAUCAGUGCCAGAGUGGCUGGAGUCUAUCAAGAUGAGCCAGUAUAAUGAAAGCUUCACCCGAGCAGGGAUAACAACCAUGGAGCAUGUUCUUGCUUUGAGGCCAGAAGACAUCAGGAACAUUGGAGUUCGGUUGCCAGGCCAUAUGAAGAGGAUAGCAUACAGCAUCCUGGGCCUGAAAGACGAGACCAGCUCCCUCAGCGUGUUUGCAGUGUGAUCUAAGCAUUCCUCCAAAUCAAAGUGCACUGACCGGCCAUGCCAUUUCACUCACAGACUAUGAGCUGACUGAAGCGGGAGGGAAGGGGGGAGGGAAAGAGUCCCACUGCAAGGAUUUUCUUGUCUUUAUGUGGCCCAACUUUGCAAGAUAAAAGAGGAGCCACCAAACCCCUCAGAGAGGGCUGAGAACUGAGCACAUUUGUGUAAUAUAGCAAAACAUAAGAGGAUAAUUUAUAUACGAAUGUUUGAUAUGUUGAACAUAUACAGAAAAAAAGUGCAUAAUGUGAGAGUGCUUUUACAAGUGGAGACUGACUGAAAGAUAUUAAGCACUCACUUUUUUCCCCCUGUCUUCCUGGAUGGUUCAGCCUUUUUAUUUUAUAUUCUGUGAAUUAUAACUUGUUUUUUUUUUAAUUUGAGGUUUUCAUUUCACUCAGGGCAAAAGUCUGAUUCUUAUGUUUUGCAGUUCAUGUUUUCAACCCACAUUUUCAUUUGUUUACAUCAUGUCUUAAUACAAGUGCUUAUUUUUAUUUAAUAUUUAUUGCAUUUUAUAUUUAUGUAAUUUGCCAUAUGAAAUAACGGAUCUGGUCCAUGUGAGCCUGACUGUUUGUUUUUGUGUUUGGAUAAAGUGUUUCUUGCUUAA